AGAGGAGAGCCUUGGAAGUGACAUGUACACAGAUCAUCAGAGCACUGAUGAUCAGUCCCCAGCAGUGCCACCUGUCAGUGUCCAUCAGUGCCAGCUCUCAGUGCUCAUGCAUGCCACCUGCCAGUGCCAAAUCAGUGCCACAUUUCAUGCCACAUAUCAGUGCCCAUCUGAGCUGCCUUUCAGUGUCACCCAUCAGUGCCAGUCAGUGUCACCUAUCAAUGCUGCCAAUCAGUGCCGCCUAUCAGUGCCAGUCAGUGCCACCUAUCAGUGCCAUAUAUGAGUGCUGCCUUUCAGUACCCAUCAGUGAUGCCUGUCAAUGCCCAUCAGUG